AUGGUCAAGGCUGCUCAUCCUCUCAAUGCGCCUCAUACGGCUGGUCUCUUCUGCGACAUGAGUCUAGAUGGCCCCGUAAUUGGUACCCUGGUCAUCAUUGUCGACCGUGCAAAGAACCUGCCCAACAGGAAGACAAUUGGGAAGCAGGACCCUUAUUGUGCUGCAAGAUUGGGCAAGGAGGCCAAGAAGACGACAACAGAUAUCCGAGGAGGCCAGACUCCUAGGUGGGACCAAGAGAUUCGUUUCACCGUUCACGACUCCCCAGACUACUACCAACUCAAGAUCUCAGUCUUCAACGACGAUAAGAAGACUGACUUGAUAGGAGAGACAUGGGUCGACCUGCGUGACAUUGUCGUCCCUGGAGGCGGCCAGAACGACCUCUGGCAUAACCUGACUUGCAAGGGAAAGUAUGCUGGAGAGAUCCGCAUCGAACUCACCUACUACGACACUCGUCCGAAGCCUGAGAAGCCACUCGCCAAGCCCAAGCAACUAACCUCGGAGACGGAUUCGCCUGCGGGCUCGAUGAGAGCUGCACCACCUAAGAGACGCCCUCUCCCUUCGGAUCCUUUUACCGGCCAGGCGCCCGCGCAGCCUCCGCCACCUGUACCAGGUCACCUUCCUGCCCCGCCAAGACAGCACACUGGGCCAAGAGAUUAUCCUACUCCAGACCAUGUUCAGACUCCUCCUCACCGAGCACAGCAAAAUCCGCCAGCAUCCCAUUCCCCGGACCAGACGCACUCAAUUUCAGGCCACUACAGUAGCACUUCGUCUCUGCGUCAUCGCCAGGCCGACCCCUAUUCUUCAGCACCAAACAGCACGUAUCACACCCCGUCAAACCACAACGAUGCACGUCGUGCAUCUCCAGACGCUUAUCCACUCUAUCCAGAAGAUGGAAUGGACUCGCCUGACCACCAUGGGCACACCCCGGACAGGAGAUAUGGCCCGUCUGCUCCAUACGGUGCGGCGUCGAACGAGCAGCUGUUCAACCUAGACAUGGACAAUGAGCGGCCGCCCCCGCCACCAGCCCAUCGAAGCACGCCCAGUAUGACGUCCGAGGCCAGGCACAGCCCUGGCCAUGAGUCGAUGCUUCAAAACCAGACACCGCCCGCAAUGAGGAUGGAUGUGCUGCGGAACGAGGCUCAUCGUCAAUCCGCAUCGUCAAGCGCAUAUCCUGGGCGACCGGUAUACCGACCGUAUGAUUCCACCCCGUCUCCGCAGAGCAACGAGUCCAGUGUUGGCGGAUCUCAUCAAAUUUCUCCGCCACGCCAUCAUUCAUAUGACACGGCCUAUGACAGCCAUCACAAAUCCAUGCAACCAACCGUGGAAGAUGUUCCAGAGUCACCAAACUCAGGUCUGGAUGACUUCAGGCGGAAUGGAUCCCGUGCACCUGACUUUAGUGAGCCCGAGUAUCGCCAGGACCCUAGCCCUGCUCCCCUCAGCCUUCGCGGACGGGGUAGUGCACCUCCUGCCCAUUAUGCCGGCUCUCCAGCCUCGGGUGCCCGCCCACAGGUGGACCACGCGCAGUCUGAUCCGUCUUUAUCUUUGAGGGCUCAUUCUUCCUACGGCGCGCCUCACUCGGCUUACGAUCCUCAACCUCAGAUGGGCUACGCGCCGUAUCGUGGUGGCAGCGGACAAGAACUUGAAGACAGUCAAGUGCGAGGUCCUGAUGGCUCUAUGAGAUUCGCCCUGCCCUCUAUUCCAGCCUCGCUGGUCCCGGGAGUCGAUCCUGGUCUCUCCAUGGAAAUAUCUCAGAGGAUCAAUGAGGACAGGCGGCACGAAGGCCGAUAUAGUCAAUAUCCACCAGGAAGCCAGCCCACGGCUCUUGUUGCGGCCUCGGUCCGGGGUCGUCAGAUGCAUGAGCCACCACCAAGCUACGGUGCACCUCAGCCCAGGCACGGAUCCCAUGAUGGUUACGAGCGUAGUCCUUCUGCGGAACCUGCGUCACAGCAAGUAAUCGAUAGGAGGCGUCUUUCACCCAACCCCAGCCCCAGUGGCCAGCAUACUAUUAGGAGGAAGUCGAUCAGUCCGGCCCCCCCGCCAGAAGGUCGCCGCUUGUCUGGCAUCCCAUUUGGCCCUGACGAUUACGAUGCAUUGAAUCCAGUUCUAGCUUCAUCGGCUCCUAAAGAACCAAUCAGGCUGGAGUAUGACGAGGUCGACGGCAAGAUAAUCACUCAUGAUGGAAAAGAGAUUGACCCGUCUGAUCAUUUACCCAUGGAUACAUGGGCACCCGAACCCGAGCCCAAAGGCAAAAAGCCAUCAGAGUCUAGCACAUCAAGGCCUGCCCUGUCAGGUCCACAGCCUGUCCCACCCUCCGGGAGGAAGCCACUGCGAGUCCGCGAAGUGCGGCCGGCAUCCAAUUCUGCUCUCCCACCAGCAACAUACAUAUCUCCCGAAUCGGGUCGACAAUCGUUGCCGCCGCCUAACACUGGACGCAAUCGGCUGCAAAAGAAAGCAAACCGCUCUUCUGCCAUGCCUACCAUGAUGAUGUCUGGUGCGAACGGGGCCGGCUCAGGCCCACUAGCGCCACUUCCGCAGGGCCAGGACAACUACGCUCCUCGGCCUCUUGCUCGUGCAAGCACAUAUGACUACGAGAAUCACGCUCCACCGCCAAUGUAUGACAUAUCUUCCGGCUCAUACUCACGAGAUCACAGCGCUUCGGCCCCUCCGAUUCCGGCCAAGAUCCCCCUGGCUGCUGGCCCAGGAUCCGUUAUGCCAAUGAAUCGAGGUGGCUACGGUGAUUUUGGAGGGGAGAACGCACUCAUGGAAGAGAUGAGUCGGAUUGACAUCGGCACUGGAAGGGCAAGGCGCCACCACCAAAGGAUGGGAUACUAG